AUGGAGAGGAAUCUUGGGGCGAAGGAGCACUUCACCCUGCAGGAGGUAAGACUCAUCCUGAUUGGACGAAGAUGGGCUGGUAAAAGCUUAUCUGGAAACACAAUCCUGGGAAGGUACGGCUUUGAGUGUGGACGGACCAGGACGACUCAGUCUGAGGGGAGGCAUGAAGAAGUGGAGGGCAGGCACCUUGUUGUGGUCGACGCUCCUGGAUGGAACAGCUCGCUCUCCCUGAACGAGACCCCACAGGGCGGGAAGCACAGGUUUAAACUUAACGUGUCAAAAUGUCCACCCGGCCCACAUGCCUUCCUGUUGGUGAUUCCUAUAGACACAGCCUUCGAUGCAGAGCAGAAGAGGAUCCUGGAAGAGCACAUGAAGCUUCUGGGAGAGCGGGUGUGGAAGUACACUAUGGUGCUGUUCACCUGUGGGAUCUUCCUCGGGGAGAAGACGAUAGAGCAGCACAUUGAGAGUGAGGGUGACGCUCUCAUGUGGUUAGUUGAGAAAUGCAAGCACAGGUAUCAAGUGUUUGAAAACAAGAAGAGGAGUGACUUCUCUCAGGUGACACAGCUUUUGAAGAAGAUCGAUGAGAUGGUGUGGGACAACAAAGGCGGUUAUUACGUGGUAGACCAGCAAACACUGAACGUCAUUGAAAAGAGGCAACAAGAGGUGGCUGAGAGAGCGAAGCAUAGGCGGAUGAGGGCACAGGAACAAAGGCUGCAAAUGGAAAAACUCAUUACAGUGGAAAUGAAACCCAUCCCAAAGCUCCAGAUGGUUCUCUUGGGAAGCAGGAGCGUUGGAAAAACCUCAGUGGGGAACGCCAUCCUGGGAAUCAAAGUGCAAGAAGACGGAAAGAGAACGGCACGCUCGGUGGCCCGGCGGGGUUUCGUGGGCAAAACUGAAAUAACUCUUGUUGACACGCCAGGUUGGUGGAAAGGCUUCCCUGAGUGUGACACUCCCGCAGUGAUCAGGGAGGAACUGAUGCUCAGCAUGUUUCUGUGUUCCCCUGGGCCUCACGUCUUCCUGCUGAUGAUAGACUCUGAUGCAUCCUUUACCGCGAAACACUCAGUCGCAGUGAAGACACACGUGGAGCUUCUCGGAGAGGGAGUGUGGAGGCACACCAUUGUAGUUUUCACCAGAGGAGACUGGCUGGGAGCACAAGGCAUCGAGGAGUACAUUGAAGGCGAGGGAGAGGCCUUACAGGCUCUGGUUGGACAAUGUGGAAACAGGUAUCAUGUCAUUGACAAUAAGAAUGCAGACGAUGGCGCUCAAGUCACAGAGCUGCUGGAGAAAAUCACUGGGAUGGUGGCUGCAAACAACUGGGGCUGUUUUGUCGCUGAUAAGAAGAUACUCUCAGCCAUCGAAGAGAAGAAACAAAGAGUGGAAGAAGGAGCAAGACGGAGGCAGAGAUUGGUUGAAGCUAAAUCAAAUUACCUGGAAGGUUCAACAAAUAAAUUGCAGGACCUGAGGAUAAUGAUGCUUGGUCAAAAGACUGUUGGAAAGACUGCAACAGGCAACAACCUCCUGCAAAAGGAGGUGUUCCCCACCUGUCAGAAUGAGCAGUGCCAGGUGGAUGAGGCAGAGGUAGCUGAUAGACAGAUCACAGUGAUUGACACCCCGGGCUGGCUGGAGAAACCUUCUAUUGGCACUGAAGAGAUAGACAAAGAAAUAGUCAGAGGUAUGUCGCUGAGUCCUUUAGGGGUUCAUGCGGUUCUGUUGGUUGUCCCCUUGGACUUGUCCUUCAGAGAACCUCAGCGGGAUGCCCUAGAGGAACACAUGAGACUCUUUGAUUCCAGUGUCUGGAAGCAUGCGAUUGUUCUAUUCACAUAUGGUGACAGUCUAGCAGAUAAAUCAGUAGAGGAGCACAUUGAGAGGGAGCACAGUGCUCUGCAGUGGUUGGUAGACAAAUGUGAAAACCGGUUUCAUGUGAUGAACAACACAAAGAAAAAUGAUACCACCCAGGUCACCGUGCUGUUUGAGAAGAUUGAGGAAAUGGUGGCAGGAAAUGGCGUACGGCUGUUCUGUCCUGAUAUGAACGACAUGCAGGUUAGAUUGGUCGAGAAGUUCCGUAAGAGGCAGAUCACACAGAUCCUGAAGCAGCUUUUUGAGGAAGAGUACCAAAGGAAAGAGCGGGAGCGGUUGAUGGGCUUCAAGAAAACACUCCUCAAGCUGCAAUCUGAGGUCAGAGGGAGUGCGUCACACACUGCAUCUAGGUCACCAAUUCUUGACCCGAACAAAAUCAAAAAGAAGGGCAUUGGUCAGAGCAAAAGAGACGAGAAGGAGAAAAACUUGGAAGCCAAAAUCAGCCAAGAAAUCGAAAAUCUAGACAAGGAAAUCAUGAGAUCCACAGAUCUUCUCAGUAGAAGCAUGGACUUCUUGAUCCCAGACUUUAAAGGAGAGAGUCCGGAAUCAACUGUUCCUGGGUUUUUCUCAGACAGACGAUCUUCGAGCAGUGAAAUGGAGAAAGUUAUGGGUUGGCUGUCUCAACUUCAAAUCAGCACAAAUGUUGACAACCAGCUGAGCCUCAACUUUUCUCAGUCGUCUGGAUACAGAUCAGUGCUGCCCAGAGACCCCGUGGACUUUAAUACAGAAGCUGAUAUUACUGAAUGAGUCAUGAUAACCAGUUUCAUGGUCUUUAGAAAGGGUGGAGGGGGAUUCAUCAUUAUGAGAUAUAGUAAAGGGGUUUGUGCCUGAGAGGUUCAGUCAGUAGAAUCUACACUUUGCUAGAGAAGCGUGAAUAAACUCUGCAUCAGCAGGAUACACACAGCUUUGUAGUCCACCAUUGUUGUUAUUCUCCUCUUAUUCGUGCACGGAUAUUUGACUGGGAACAUUAUACGUUUGUACGUAUUGGGCUGUGAUGUCAUUGUUUUCAUGUGAUCCACAUAUUGCCCAUUUUUAUGCGAACAGAAGGGUUUCCCACUAAACAUGUUUCCAUGUUAACAGCCUCAAAGAGUGCUGUGAGAGUCAGAAGACAAAAAAUAACUUUUUAAAUGCUGAUCAUUUACUGUUUCUCUUAUGGUGGGAAUUAAUGUAAGGUUUCUCCUAGGGCAGAACUGACAUUGGGGUAUCUUUUAUUUUGGUGACAUAAGGGACAUUUUUGUGCCAGGUGAACGCUGAUGGUUAAUUCUGUGCAUACAAGAUCUGCACUUUUUUGGUAACGGACAGCUCCUGGCAUGGACGUCAGGAUUGUUGUUGGCAGCUACUCUUGCUCCAUAAAACUCAGGGUCUUUUGUUUGUAUUAUUUUUCUGCAUUAAUUCAUUGUUUUCAAUGUGUUUAUCCUGUUUUCUGUAACUUU